AUGGCACCACUGCUCGUGGGCUUGCGCGAGGUCAUUCGACUUGUGUUGGCGGUGCUUGCCGCCCACAGGGUGUUCACAUGUGCCGCAGGGUCUUGUCCCCAGGAGGCCCACUACUUCCAGAAGUUCUACACCGAUGUGGCACUGUUUUCGUUUGGGGUCCGUGUUCUACUUCUUCGACUGCUGCAGUGCCAAAACCAUGAGAGAGGUUGCCAGAGUGAAGAAAACGAGAAGUUCUACACCGAUGUGGCACUGUUUUCGUUUGGGUCCAUGCUCUACUUUUUCGACUGCUGCAGUGCCAAAGCCAUGAGAGGGGUUGCCAGAGUUAAGAAAACGAGCUCCGCGAGACCGAGCUCGGGACACGAAGGCCGGCGUUUCAAAUUUGACGUGCGUACCAUCGACUGCGCGCUGCGGUGGGGCGUAGAACACAGGUUUCCAAAAGUGUUGGAAGUGAUGCAUGCUUGCGUCAGACGUGGACACGCGGAAGCGGCCGUGAAAGUGUUCGACCACAUGCUGGAGAAGGGGCCCGUUCCCGGCGCGGACCUCAUCAAUAAGGCCGUGUCCGGCGCUUUCUUCCAGCUCGUCGUCGGGAUUCUCAGUGACGAGAGUAUUCGAAUGGACGGGUUGCGGCUUCUUGAAUUUGUUCGAGCUCAUGGGAUCGACCCGUCGCCGACCAUCCAGAACCGUUUGUUGGCUGCGUGGGAGAACCAGUUUCCAGAUAACGUGUUAGAGUAUUUCCUAAAUAUAAGGCGGGAAGGAGUUAAGCUCAGCACGAGGGUAUUUCGCAGCAUUGUUGUGGCCCGCGAACGUGUUGAUCCAGAGUUCGUCUCGAUGAUCUAUUCUGAUACAUUGGAGUAG